AUGGCUCACACUGCUUGUGAGAUGGUGUGGCUAAGAAAGUUUAUGACAGAGCUUGGUUUUGUUCAGUCUGGACCCAUGCCAAUGCAUUGUGACAACCAGGCUCAAGCGGCGGGAUGGCCACCGGUGAGAGCCUUCCGCAAGAAUGUUUUGAAGAGCUGCACCUACGUGAAGGUGGCUUUCGAUGGGGCACCUUACCUUCGUAAGGUUGAUCUUGAGACUUACGGCCGUUACGAACAGCUUUUGGCUGCCCUUGAAGAAAUGUUCUCUUGCUUUAAGAUCCGUAAUGUUUCGAACGAGAGGAGGCUUGUGGAUCCUGUGAAUGGUACUGAGUAUGUGCCAACAUAUGAGGAUAAGGAUGGUGACUGGAUGUUAGUGGGCGAUGUCCCUUGGAAAAUGUUUGUUGCAUCAUGCAAGAGGCUCCGGCUGAUGAAGAGCUCAGAGGCUGUCAAUCUAGCUCCAAGAGCUUCUCAAGGAAACGCCCACACCACCCAGUGAAAUGUUUGAGAGCCUUAGCAUCUUUCAGAUGAUAUGAGAUUUAUGUACAGGGGUUGCUUGCUGUUCUUUGGGGUUUUGUUUGGAGUUUUGACUGCUGUCUUUCUAAGGAUAGAAAAGAGAGGUUGUGUUGUAGUUUUGAUGUGAAAUGUGGCUUGAAGACCUAUAUAUAUCAUAGUUACAGGGAUAUAUAUACUCUUAAGGGUUAAUUGCGAACAGAUCCCCGUAGUAUAACCCAAUUGCAAAGAGACCCCUUGUAGUUCUUUUUGUUACGCAUAGACACCUUGAAGUUCUACUCGUUGCGAAUAGACUCUAUAAGUUAUUUUUUUUAUAUCUCAAAAUCAUUAAAAAUGUUUGAGGAGGCAGAUAGAUCCCCUAUAGUUCUAUUGGUGAGGAUAAACACUCAGUUGUUAAUUUUUCCUUGACUUUUAAAAGAGUCAAAAAAGUUCACAAAGGGGGUGCAUUCGCACUUGGGCUAAUACUGCAUGGGGCUUACCGGUGAUAAGUAAAACUACAUGGGGGGGUCUAUUUGUUCCAAAUAGAACUACAAAUGGUCUCUUGGCAACUGCGUGAUACUACUGGGGGUUUGUUCGCAAUUAACUCUACUUCUAAAGUUUGUUAUGUGAUCAAUAAAGGGCAGGGCUGUGUGUGUGCUUGUCUUGUAUUAACUAGAAUUUGGAGUCCUUGUCCAAGUUCAGGACGUCUUGUCUCUGAUACUAGUCUCUUAUUAUAGAGCAUCUCAGCUCAGUAAUGGUAAAGCUCAUGUGAUAGCACUGA